AUGGAGGUCGACAACGUCAACUUCUGGGGCCAUCUACCCACUAUCCUUGACGCGAUUGCCGAUGCCGAGUUCAUUUCGCUUUCUGUAAUCGGUUAUCCCGAUGCUGUCGUCAAAGCUAACCUGACCAAGGAGGAGCUCUACCGCGAAUUGGUAAAUCACUCCAAGAUUUACCACAUCACCAAGAUUGGCCUUACUUGCCUCCAAUACGACGAGAAGCAAAAGGUCUCAGCAUACUCUGCGCGCAGCUUCAACUUUGCCAUCACCCCUUGGUUCCUUUCUGCAAAUAUCCAGGCGGAACUCAUCGCAAAGACCGUCAAUCGAACGUUUUCCUUUUCAUACGACACCCUUCAACAGUUGGCGACAAACGGCUGGGGUUUUAACGAAGCUUGGGAACGGGGUGUUCCUUACUUGGCCCGCUGGGAGGCGCAAACAGUCGAGGAGCGUUUCCUCCAGCCUUGGGAGACCAAGAAGCCAUUGGACAUCAACAAACUAGAUGCCGAGUCCCAGAAAUUUCGGGCAUGGGCCAAUGAGCAGAUCACAUCUUGGCUGAAAGAAGAGAGAUUGACGAACCGCCGCAUUGCACUGGCGCGACAGUCAGGAUUUCUCUACGUGGUGGAGGCCCUCCUCGGGGGACAAUUUGCCAACGACAUCGAGCCCGAACUAUGCUUGGCAUACGUAUCGGUGGUGGAUCGUGACUUGCGAAAUCAACUUAUUUCGGCUUUCCGCGACAGACUUAGAGCAGCUGAGGAUAGAAACAGGCUCAGACGACCUAUCCUGCUCAUACACUCUCAGCUCGACAUGCUGUGUCACUUUUACUCGACAUUUUUGGGCCCCCUUCCAGAGACAUUCGACGGAUUCACAAAAGAAAUACACAACAUUUUCCCUCGGAUCGUGGAUAACAGGAUUCUGUAUCCCCUCAACAACUAUCCAUCUCCCUCGUUCCACGGGCACAAGCCUUCAAUUGAGUUCAUCUCUGCCGCAGAGGAAGAGGGAGGACCCGGGGUCACACCAGUACGAGGAUUCGAAUACCAGAACAAGAUGGCUGAAGAACACGGUCUUUACGGCUGGUAUUCCAACCUCGCAUUCCUCAAGGUUGCAGCUAAGAAGCUGCAGAAGGAGCAGUGGCUGAGCAAGACUCGGCCCGAGAAGACGUGCGGGAGCAUGAGAAUGAAGACGGUAAAACCAAGCAAGCUUUUCUUCACGCUCAAUCCCUUUGCGCCCAACAGCAUUAUCAGUCGUCGGUCAAGUAUUUGUUCUUCUGUCGCUUCUGGUAUGACUGGAAGCAUGGUUGACACCCCGCCCAGUGUUUUCGGUGACGGCAGUGAUGAGGAGGAGGAGGAGGAGGAAGAGAAGCAGGAGGCACCUGAGGUUCAUCGUCUCCCCCCGUGGGAGGCAGUUUUCUGGGAAAAGUUUGGAAACAAAUUGGUCCUUGACCACGGUGAAGUUUUGGCGCUCACCACUUCGAUUCCGCUCAGAAAGUCCCGGAUUCGGAAUCUCUAGGAUGAUCAUCGGGACCUCCUGUAUGAGCUCCUUUUUGUGUGGGCUUUGGGCACGAUUUGUGUGUUAUUCAGAUUGCUUUUCAGAUGGGUGGAGAUUUGAGACUUGACUUGUGUGUGGUGUGGUAAUGCCAACAAGUAAUUUGUUAAUGAUGUACGAGGAAUGGAGGAGUACACCACUGGUACGCGCGCGAGAAGUGUCCCAGCUAGAGGUGUAAGCCAACGGCCUUAUAUGGAUGAUCAAGGAGGAUGUCCUGAUGGAGGCGUAGGAGACGUGUGAAGAUAUCCUACAGGCCGCCGUGGUGUGGACUUUCAACCAGCUCAAAAGUACCGUUGCUUUGGUCUGCGGCUGGCACAAGCUUUGACUGUGUGUCUCAAGCCGGGAGAACCGGUGUUCAUCAUUGAUCAAGGCUGGAUCUUGAAGAGGUCACUGCCAUACCUAUCCACGUCUCUAAUGCAGAAUCGGGUCACAGAUAUGUGAUUAGCUCAGUCUGUCUUGUUUGUGUAUGUUAGUAUCAGACUUCACCUCAGAUAGCGGUAUGACCAACCCAGCGGAUGUCUGGUAGUAUUCACCAACC